UUUUAUGCAUUUUCGAAUCAAAAUAAAUAAAACCCAUCCGCGUUCUCGCAAAAUUUGUUCACGUAUUCGUUUUUAUCGGAUUUGAUUUCCUAUUAACGACCGGUUAGCUUAAGCGCAAACAGGAGUGCCAAAAUUGGCAGCACCCAAAGAAGGUUCCCGUGAGAUUAGAAUUGUCUGAGUUAGAAUAUUGUUUUUUUUUUCUUAAAUUGAGAUUCUUUUUAAAGCGAUAUCAUGCCGCAAGGCAGAAGGAAAACUCCCUUUAGCGGAAAACAAAAAAAGCAACAGCUGCUGGCAAAAAAGCAGGCUAAAUCGAGCACCUCGCACAACAUUAUCCGCAAGCUGCGCGAUGAAGAAUCGAGUGACAUUAGCGAGGACAGCGAUUUUCCGCUACACGAGAAGGUCGAACGUAUUAAUCUGCAACCGAUCAAGGAUCCACGUAGCAAGGCCAACCGCUAUGUACUGCAGUUCCAUCGAGAAACGGGCAAGGAGCUGCGGGAGAUGAAGGAGGAAGCCCGCAAGGCAUUGGUUCCGUGCCCGCCGGCGGAAACGGAACUCGGUGAUGGAUACUUUACUGGGUAUGAUUUCCCCAAGCGCCCGAAGUGGACCUACGAGAUGUCCAAGGAGCAACUGGAUGCGAAUGAGAAUCUGUACUUUUUUAAAUACAUAACAUACCUGGAGAAAACUCACUUCGACGAUAUGAAGUCGUUGAGUUUCUGUGAACUGAAUUUGGAAACCUGGCGUCAGUUGUGGCGUGUCCUUGAAUUGUCCGAUAUAGUAUUGAUUAUUGUUGAUGCACGUUUUCCGACGUUGAUGUUUCCUCCGUCUCUAUAUUACUAUGUAACCGAAUGUAUCGGAAAGAGUAUGAUCCUGGUGCUGAACAAAAUUGACCUGGUACUACCGGAAGUGGUGCUUGGCUGGAAGCGUUACUUCCAAGAAAAAUAUAAAAACAUCAAAAUUGUAAUGUUUACUUCAUAUCCAUCAUAUAACCUACGAGACAAACAUGCGAACAAGCAUGGUUUGCAGAUUAGACGACGCAAAGGAAGAAUGCGAAUGGCAGCCGAAGGAGCGCAACAGAUAUUCAACAUAUGUCGAGAAUACGCUGGUGAUGAGGUAGAUUUAAGCUCAUGGCAACAGAAGAUUUUAGAGGAACGAAGCGUUCCAAUGGAUAUCGAUGGAGAUUUUGAUGAACCAAUCGAAUCGGAACGAACACACGAAGAGGAAAAAGAUUUUUCAUUUGAGGAGCACGUUCGUUUUCAAGAUGGAGUCCUCACGAUUGGUUGCGUUGGCUUUCCUAAUGUUGGAAAGUCUUCACUUCUUAAUGCGGUUAUGGGCAAAAAAGUUGUCUCCGUUAGUAGGACUCCUGGUCAUACUAAACAUUUUCAAACAAUAUUCCUCACAAAUACAGUGAGACUGUGCGAUUGUCCAGGUCUGGUUUUCCCAUCAUCAAUCCCUCGUAAACUACAAGUCCUGAUGGGAAGUUAUCCGAUUGCUCAACUUCGGGAACCGUAUGCUUCAAUCAAGUUUCUUGCCGAACGUGUCAAUCUUGUGGCUUUACUGGCUUUGAAACACCCGGAUAAUGAAUCCUGUGAAGAAUGGUCGGCUAUUGAUGUCUGUGACACUUGGGCUCUCAAACGAGGUUUUUUGACUGCUAAAGCCGCUCGUCCUGAUACAUAUCGUGGUGCAAACAGCAUCCUCAGAAUGGCGCUCGAUGGAAAAAUUACACUAUCUCUCAAGCCAAUUGGCUUUCAUCAGGCAGUAGAGAGAUUGCAAGCUGACCCCGAACUGGCCACUGUUCGUGAAAUUCAGGCCCUUUCAGACCUAGGUGACAAAGAAGAUGACGAUGAUUACUUGUCGGAUACGGAUACAGAAGAUAUUGCAGGCGCUGCUAGCAACGAUGCCGAUAAUGAAGAGGACGAAGAUGGUAAUUCGACCCUUUCGCCUGGCCCUUCUAGCACCACGAUCAACCCAUUCGAACUGCUGGGAAGUCCAGAGUGAAUGAUAUCCUCAAAAUAACGGAGAUAAACAAAUGUGCUAAAUAUUUCUAUUUAUAUACGCUUGAAUGUCCAACCUCUUACCACACAGAUGAUUACCUAAAUGAACUGAUAAGAGCACAUUAAAUUUUAUUUGUUACAUAUUUAUUGUUAUCUUCUACGUGCGCGUUUUAUAAAAGUUAUCUGCUGCAUGGUUCUAAAGGAUAUCUCGCAUGUAAGUGAAACACUGUAUUUUCAAAUCUGUAAUAAAUAUACAAGCACUAGA